GUCACUUGUCAGUAUUGUUGAAAAUAAUUAUUGCUACUAAUUUAUUCCCUAUAUCGGUGUAACUUUAGUCCAUUAAAUAUACAUUUGUUGGUUUUAAGUGGGAGUAAACCUCUAAUUAAUGCAUAGAAAUAUACACAAAUCUCCUAAAAAUAUUCGUAUUACUUACUAUAAAAGUUUUCUAUAUUCGUGUUUACUAACGAAAAGUACCAGAAAUCAUUGAUAUAAUGCUGGUCUUGGUUCUUGGUGAUCUCCAUAUUCCACACCGUUGUAGCAGCUUACCACCUAAGUUCAAAAAGCUACUGCUUCCGGGAAGGAUUCAACACAUACUUUGUACGGGUAACCUCUGUACAAAAGAGUCCUAUGACUACUUGAAGACAUUAGCUAGCGAUGUCCAUGUUGUUAGGGGAGAUUUUGAUGAGAACUCCACAUAUCCGGAGCAAAAAGUGAUAACUGUUGGACAGUUCCGCAUUGGACUGAUCCAUGGUCACCAGGUUGUUCCAUGGGGUGAUGAAGAGUCUCUGGCUUUAGUGCAAAGACAAUUGGAUGUGGAUAUACUUAUAUCUGGUCACACUCAUCGGUUUGAAGCAUAUGAACAUGAGAAUAAAUUUUACAUUAACCCUGGUUCCGCAACUGGUGCUUAUAGCCCUUUGUAUAGGAAUGCAACACCAUCAUUCGUGUUAAUGGAUAUCCAGAGUUCCACAGUCGUCACAUAUGUAUACAAAUUGCUUGGUGAUGAAGUUAAAGUUGAACGAAUUGAAUAUAAGAAAGCGUAGUUUAAAAAAAAAACGUUUUAUAUUUUAGUAAGUCGGUAAGUAUUUUAUCAAAUGUGUUUACUUUGUAUUAUAUAAAGAAUUAUAAUGUAUGGCUCAUUUUAUUUCAAGUUGAGAAAAAUCAAAAUUUUAUAAAAACCUUUUUAUUCAAUGUAUACUUGGUAGGGCUUUGUAUCAGCAUGUCUUUGUGGUACAUACACCACCCACUCAUCAAUUAUUUUACCAAACAGCAAUAUUUAGUAUGAUUGUGUGUUCAGUCAUCAGUAACAUAACCAAACUUGGUAACUUAGUUACCAAGGUUGGUGGUGCAUUGGUGAUGAAAGGAAAGGUUAAUAUUUCGUCUGUGGUAGUGCUGACCAUUUACAAUCAGGUGGCUGAUUUGCACUAAGGGAAAAGUUUAGUGUGUCUACUAUAGAGAAUCAAUCAAAAAUAACUAUUAUAUAUUUUAAUAUGUUUUUUUAAAUGUAAUUAUUAUUUUACAGUUUUAAUGACAUAUUGUAAAUUUCGUGCGUUGACCUUCUCAUCCAAAAAUAGCCAACUGUGCAGGAUAUAUUUUACUGGACCACACUCUCUGAAAUCCAAUGGGAGGGCAAUCAUAUUCAGAAUCAGAGCAUUGCCACUUUAUUCUCUCCGGGUUGAUAAAUUGAUAUAACAAAUUCUUUGUUGACAUGAACAUUCAAUUACUAUUCUGGAUUAUCAAUAGCAAUUUUUUUUUUAGACAUAAUAUCAUAUCAUACAUUUGGUGUAUAUAUAAUACGUAUUCUUAAAUUUAUAAAUGCAGUUAUUUGUCGUUAUAUCGUUACACCCGAUGCUCAAAAGGUCUAGGUCACAUUAGGUCACCAAACUACUAGAAGGCAUAACCGACCCAAUGCAGGUAUAUUGACAUUAUACAAGUAAUCGAGGUACCAAGUGUUGUUUUAUUUGAUGAGUUCCCUAAAAAUCGCAACUCUGCAUUUUUAUAUUUUUGUGUAAAUCAUUAUUGUGUAUAUGAUGUUCGAAUAAUUCCAACUGUUUAAGUUUUUUUUUUAUAUUUGUUCAUGAUGUGUUAUAAUUUCAACAAGAUUUUAAUUUAAAGUAUCAUAUAUGUAAUGUCAUAGUAUGUGUAAUUACUUCUUCCAUUAUAUAGUUUGAUAUAUAGGAAUUAUGUGUUAAAAGUUUACAUAAACUAUUUGUACAACAAGAACAAAUUAUAUAUUUAAUAUAUAUAUGAUGACAAAAUAUUUCAAAAUUUUUUAUAAUAGUCAACCAACAAUUCUAAAAACAUUAGGUACCGUCAGAAAAACAAAUGAUGUAUGUCUCAACUAAAUAACUUUUA